UGUCUCCUUCAAACAAGGAAAGAUUGCGACUUGAGUUUGAAACACCGGCUUCCCUCUCAUUUCUUCAAAGUUCAAAACUGAGUCUUCAGGGGACCCUAUCAAGUCAAGUGCAUUUGGUAAUGCCUCGGAGAAACUCCUUCAUCCACAGUGUUGAAUCCACGACGCCCCGACGAUCCCCAAGAUUCCUCCUCCGGGGAAGCACCACAGAACCGCCACUGCAGCCCAAGACUCCACGGAAAGCCGAGGAUAUCAAGUCUCUCGACUCUAAAUCUACUCGAAAAUGGGUAUGUUGCUUGAAACCUUCUUCGCCUGCCAAUAUUCAAAUUGUUCCUUUGCCGCAGAGCCACAAGGGUUCGAAGAACAAGUCUUCCAAGAAAUCCAACGAUUACGGCAUCAAGUCCAGAAAUGGCAACACUUUCCCUGCUGAAUUGAGAAGAUCUUCUAGAUUGAACAAUGACUCUGGUGGCUUUCCUUGUCUCAGACGAUCUUCCAGGCUGUCUCGUCCGAAAAUUGUCUUUCGUGAGCUUAGAGAUUCCCCACGUAGAGGUAUGAAGAAAUCGAGGAAACCUGAUCACUCUUUGGGUGAUUCGGAGAAUGUGACUCGUGGGCCGAGAAAACCUGCCGAACUAAAUAGUCGCGUUCAGAGUCUCAGACGAUCUCAGAGGCUCCUGAACGAGAAACAUGUUACUUCUCGACCAGACCGACCGAUUAACAGUGCAAAAUCUCUUGAAGUUAUCGACAUUGAUUCAGAUUUUUCUGUGGAGGAAGAAUCAGAUCAAGUAGUUGCUCAUAAAGCUGAAGCACAUGUUACUUCUCGACCAGACCAAGCGAUUAACAGGGCAAAAUCUCUUGAAAUUAUUGACAUUGAUUCAGAUUUUUCUGUGGAGGAAGAUUCAGAUAACGUAGUUGCUAAUAAAGCUGAAGCAGGAGAUAAAUCGUUUGAAAAAUCUUCAGGUAAAGGCGAACAGAUGACAAGGGACGUUUCUGUUACUCGUGAGGAAUUUACGAUUGAAGGUAGAGAGGUGCGGGUGAGAUAUGAGGAUAAGAAUGAAGCUCUUGUCAAGGGAAAGAGAAAGCGAGAUGAAGAUAGUGAAGCAACUGCAAAAGGGUGGACAAAGGAACAAGAGGUGGCGUUACAGAAAGCGUAUUUUGCUGCAAAGCCGACCCCCCAUUUCUGGAAGAAAGUUUCUAAACUGGUCCCUGGAAAGUCUGCACAGGAUUGCUUCGAAAGAAUACACCAGGACCAUUUAACACCACCUCAACAUCAGCCUCGAUCAAGGGCAAAGAAAAUGAAGUCAUCACCCCUUCAAGAAGUUGUGCUUUCUGCAAGUAAGCUGCUCAAACCUAUUGUUAACAAAGCUAAAAGAUCAAGUCGUUCCAAAUCAAAGAGUUAUCUCACUCAAAAGUCUCUCAGAAAGCUGUUACAGCGCAAUAGUAAAGUUGAUCGGGACCAUGAAGGGGAUUUGUUUUCUGUUCUUGAACCCAAUGCGGACGUUUCUACUAAUGCUUUUCCGCCGAUUGAUGCACUCUCUACUCCCGAGAAGCUAGAUGAAAAGCAAGGAUGGCGGCAAAGUUGCAAUGAUAAAUCAUCUUCACGCCAUGGAAAGCCCCUUUCAAGACUCAGUAGUUCAUGUGGUUCAGAUAUUGUCAGUCCCCCUGUACUGAAGCAAGUGAAGAACAGGGUACUGCAUGAGAAGUAUAUUAAUCAAUUACGCUGCCGAGAAGCUAGGAGAAGAGCAGCAUCUGCGCGAGUAGAAAUGCCCAAACUUGGAAAAAUAGUAACAGAAGAAAGCAUCGUUCAGAAGAGGGGCGUGGUCGAAUCUGCAAAAAUUGCCUUGAUGUCUGAAGCUAGAGAUGCCAUAAAAAAGUUUCAACAUUUGCAAGCCAAUCUCAUGGAUACUUGUAGCACUGAUGAAGACAUUGAUGACCACGUUGAAGCCGAAACUUUUGGUGAAGAUGAAAGUCAAUAAAUCUUACUUGAGUCGAUUGAGUUGUAUCACAACAUCUUUUAGCCACGCUGAUUGCUAAUUGAAAGACUAGUGUAUAGUGGCUGACUUUUAGAUGUAGUUUGGUCACAACCUAAUGUUGGCUAGCUCUUGUAAAUUUUCUCUCUAGCUAAUAAAAAUGGGAGAUCCAAUUUUUUCUGGGUCC